AAGUAUCAGUGAAAAUUUAACGGGAAUUGAGUUUGAGGUGGUGCGGUGAAAUUUAGUGGGGGUAAAAUUCAUCGAUUGUGGUUUACCUGUCCCUCAGGUCCCUAGGGGGUGACGAUGAAAAUUGUGAUGGGGAUGGUGAUGAGGAUAGAGAUAUGGCGAUUUCUCGUGGCGUCAAUCUGAGACUGGAGAUAAUUUUAUAGUGGAAAUAGAGAACAACUCGGGGUGAAAAGUGUUGGGGGAGGUGAGGAAUGAGAGCUGAUGAAAAAUGAGGGGUUUACUGUUCAUUCUGGGGCUUCUGUUCGCUGUCCAGGGACCUGCUCGUUGCAAUAACGAUGAGGACAAUCAUGAGGAUCUCGAACUCGAGCCACUCGAUCGUGGACCCUACUUCGAUAUAUCGGCUUCUCAAAAUGUCACUGCACUCGUUGGAAAGUCUGCUACGCUCAAGUGUCGUGUCAAGAAUUUGGGAGACAGAACGGUGUCAUGGGUGAGACAUCGAGACAUUCACCUACUGACAGUGGGUGUCGACACAUACACCUCGGACCAGCGAUUUAUUGCAUCGCAUUAUCCAAGAACAGAGGAUUGGACACUAGAAGUGAAAUAUUCUCAACGACGAGAUUCGGGCACUUAUGAGUGUCAAGUGUCAACGACGCCUCCAAUUGGCCACUGGAUGCAGUUGUCAGUCGUUGAACCCGUGACGACAGUUGUAGGUGAGCCGGAAAUGUACAUAAACAGAGGUAGUACGAUGAAUCUGACGUGCGUGGUACGUCACAGCCCAGAACCACCUCCGGCCAUUUAUUGGACUCACAAUGAAGAGGAGAUUAAUUAUGACAGCCCGAGGGGUGGAGUCUCGGUGAUUACGGAAAAGGGUGAGAUUACAACCUCCUAUCUGCUUGUUCAGCGCGCUCAACCAGCUGACAGCGGAAGGUACACCUGUCAUCCCAGUAAUGCUAAUGAGAAGAGCGUUACUGUUCAUGUUUUAAAUGGAGAGCAUCCAGCUGCAAUGCAGCAUGGUGGACAGCUGAGAAUAGGUAAUCCACCAUUCGUGAUAUUUUUGGCGAGUCUACUGGCUUUUUUAAAUCAUCGCCACUGAAGCAGAGAGCGAUAAACAUUUUGGAACCAAGAGAAUAUACCCCACCAUCAUUUCUUAUUUAUUUCUUUUUCUCGUAAUCAAUGGGAGAAGAUGCAUGAGUGUGUCAGUACGAGCGUGAUAGUGUACGAAUGAAAUAUAUGGUGAAUGGUAACCGAAGCGUGACAGGAAGGAGGUCCUCAUGGUAUACCUCCUUCCCCUUAUCCGAGACUUGCUUUCAGAGGUGAAAAGGGGGUGGAGGCAAAUGGGGGUGGCAAUGAAUAUCACGGAUAGAGGGGGCGGUUUCUGCAGAUAAGACACUGCAGGAAGCCAAACCACUCGAUACCAUCGUCAACCAUCUUUAUCUCGUUGUCAUGCACUGUAUUUUUAUCCACGGGGGUGUGUUACCCACGAAUUAUAAAUCACCAUCGACCCCUCCCCCUCGGGUAAAAAAAUUGUGCUACGGCGGGAAAUUCUCGGGAAAUGUUUGAAAAACUUUUAGAAAACGCUUUUUUCUGACGGAAAAAUUUCGGUCGAAGAAAAUAUCUGAAUUGUUUUUGAAAGAUUUUUCAAAAAUUAUUUUUUCUUGUUUUCGUUUUUUUUAUGAGAAAAUGCUCAAAAGUUUUCCAGAAAUUUUUCGAGAAAUUUGAAAAAAAUAUUUCCAGCUUAAAUUUUUGUUUGUCCGGACGAGAUUGUUUAGACCCCAAGAUAUGUUCAGGUUAUUAUUAUUUUUCGGCCUAAACGAUCAGUAGAACAUAAGGCUGAAUUUUAUGAAGUGAUGGGUAGCUAUUAUUUUUCAUGACCACUCCCGAGAGGGGAUAAAGUACGAUGGAUAAAAAUAUGAUGAUUUUCAAAUUUAUCAUCGGCAUGUGGGCUGUAUCGCUGGGGAUUAUGGGUAAUCUUGAUGCCCUGAUUUCAUGAUACUUGAUUUAGGAAUAAAGCCGAUGGAUUUCUACAAAGAACGGUCAGGACACAUCACAGAUGCUAUUUGUGGGAUGGAAACGCGGAGAAAAAAAAAUUGGGGAGAAAUUAGCUUGCCCGCAUCCAGAACUCCGUGGAAACGCUUUCCCGGGAAAUUUAUCGGUAGUAGAAAAAAAAAUUACACUGGUGGAAUUUUUCUUUCAAACCUAUCGAAAUAAUUCUUGGGGAAAAUGUAGGUGAAGCGUUCUGAAAUGUGCAGCACCGGAUGUUUGAAUAUACUCUUUUAUUUAAUAAUCCAAUCGUGAGUUAUUAUUAAUUUAUUCAUCAGGAUUUCAUGUGUAAAUAUAAUUUGCCAAAAUAUUACGCCAGAGUAUGACACGAAAUGAAAUUACAAAUUUGUUAUACUGCCCAAAAAGUGAAACCUCUCACAAUAUUUCUGAGUAGUUUGUGAAAUAUUAUUAUUUAUUACUAUUAUUCCUUCUUAUUUAUUAAAAAUCCAUGAAAAUGGAAUAUUUUAAAACAAAAUAGCAGAUAAUUUAUAAAUUCAUCAAUGAAUCUCCGCGUGCUGUACAUGGCUGAACAUUACCGGUCGUUAAACAAUUUUUUAUUACAAACAUUGGAAUUUUUACGGCGCUCUAAAUCGGGUGAAUUUUUUCCCCAAUUUUGUCAGACAGAUUUUGUAAUUCUUUCUCCGCGUAUAGUCCCUCUCGCACGUAAAUCAAAAGACUUUUGUGUGAUGAAUCGAUCCCCAUGCAGGCAAGUCUAAUAAGAAUUGUUCAAAAAGGAUAAUAAAACACCCCGGAAAUGUCCCGCAAUGCAAUCGCGGAGGAGCGUCAUUCAAAUUUAAAAAAAAAAAGACAAUUUUUAUCGCGAACCUUCGGAGAGCGUCGCAUAAAAAUUGACUCCCAUGUGGAUGAAUUACGAUUCUGUGUCACGUAUUUUUUGCUGAUCUCCAUACUGAUUCGAACACUGCAGAGAACUAUGAAAAAUUACCGAAUGUGUAGCGUGAGAAUUGUGUGCGGGUUAUACUGUGAAAUAAUGUGACUCGGUGUAAUUUUUAUUGAAAAUCUCCAAUGAAUUUGUCUUGCCUCAAUUGGAUAAACUCUAGCUAGAUAAAAAUUGGAGGUUUAAUUAUCUUCUGGGUGGAUAAAACAAAAUGUUCAUGUGAAAAUUAAAUUCUGAUGAGUGAAUUGAUAAAUAAAUUUAUUGUC